CAGCAGCAGCAGCAGCAGCGACAGCUAAAAGUGUUGUCGUUGCAUGUGUCAUUCAGCAGGCAGAAGCAAAAGCUAACCGAAACUUGGAGGCGUGGCGGCCAUGACAGCCAACCUAAAACAGCGAGCCGAGCGACAAGAGUCGGAGGUGGACUCGCCGCUGAAGCCGAUGCUGCAUACGGAAGCCGACGCAGCUGCGGAGGAGUUGAAUGGGGCAGCUGGUGCGGCUGAGGAGUCGGAGGAGCUAAUUGGUAUUUUCUAUGUGGAGAAUCGACGACGCAAACAAAACAUCAAAAUUGUGGUCAAACUCUGCCCGGACGGCGUCUAUUUGCGUCGCGAGACGACCCAGAAUGAUCACAUCAAUGAGCAGCUGAUACGCAUCGAUGACAUCAUCGGCUCCAGCUGUGGCCAGCGUCUCAAGAAGCGUACAAGAGGUGGCCUCAACUCUUGCAAGAGUACCAAAAAUCAGGAGCAGCAGCAGCAGCAGGAGCAACACCAGCACCCUGAUGAAGACGAUUACGGGGAGGAGGACCAGCAGCGUAAGGCGGCCGAUACUAGCGCCUACCUCUACAUCUAUGCGUAUCUGAAGAAGGAGAAGCCGCUGCGACGGGUGCAAACGUUGCGCAUUCUACGUUUUCGCACCAGCGAUGACUAUGCCGAGAAUCUGGCCACGGCUCGGCUCUGGCAUCGCACCAUACGGAAGCACAAGCGGCGCUCAGGUGCAGCGGGCGAAACGGCUCGGGCAGCGGGCAAGAAGCUGCUCAUAUUGCUGAAUCCCAAGUCGGGAUCGGGCAAGGGACGCGAACUGUUUCAAAAGCAGGUGGCACCACUGCUGCGCGAAGCGGAGACCCAAUACGAUCUGCAGAUCACAACGCAUCCCAAUUAUGCACAGGAGUUUGUGCGCUCGCGCAAGGACCUGAUGGAACGGUAUUCGGGCAUUGUUGUCGCCUCGGGCGAUGGCCUCUUCUAUGAGGUGCUCAACGGUCUGAUGGGGCGCAUGGAUUGGCGUCGCGCCUGCCGUGAACUGCCAAUGGGCAUCAUACCCUGCGGCUCCGGCAACGGACUGGCCAAAAGCAUCGCCCAUCACUGCAACGAACCAUACGAACCGAAGCCCCUGCUGCAUGCCACCUUGAUCUGUGUGGCCGGCCGAGCUACGCCGAUGGAUGUGGUGCGCGUCGAGCUGAAUCAUCGGGAUAAGCACUAUGUGAUGUAUUCGUUCCUCUCCAUUGGCUGGGGCCUCAUUGCCGACAUCGAUAUUGAGAGCGAAAAAUUGCGCUCGAUUGGCUCUCAGCGCUUUUUCCUCUGGGCCAUUCGGCGGCUCAUCACGUUGCGCUGUUAUCGGGGCAAGAUCUACUACCUGCCGGCAAAGAGCUCCACAGGGCAACCAGCAGGAGCAGCCGCAGCAGCUGCAAAAGCAGCUGAAUCCGGGCCAGAAACACCUGCGGGGCAGGCCAAUAACCAGUCCGAGCCUCAGUCCCCAGAGUUCAGCGAAUUCAGAGACUUGCCCGACGACGAGGAUGUCGAGUUGCGCGACAGUCAAUCCGAUCCGGAUCAAUUUGCCGAUGCCCUGUCCUUGGAUCGUUCCAUCUAUCGCCAGAAUGCGGACAGCUGGCAUUCGGCUGUGUCAAGGCGCACGGCCUACUAUUCAAUUGGUGGCCAUAGCUCGCGCUCCAAUCGUAGCCGACUAAACGUGACCCAGCGGAUCGAGGCAGCCAAUGCCGAGUUCAAUCAGCUGAUGCCGAAGGGCACAAUACCGGGACUGCAGCUGCCGCUGCCCGCUGCCGACGGCUGGCUGCACGAGGAGGGCGAAUUUGUGAUGGUGCAUGCCGCAUAUACGACACACCUGGCCUCCGAUUGCUUCUUUGCGCCAGAGUCCCGGCUCAACGAUGGCCUCAUCUACCUGGUGAUUAUACGAGCUGGCGUCGGACGUUCUCAAUUGCUCAACUUUCUGCUCGGCCUGCACAGCGGCACGCAUCUGCCCUUGGAGGAGGAUCCACACAUACAGGUUGUGCCGGUGCGAGCGUUUCGCAUUGAGCCAUCCGGCUCUCACGGCAUAAUAACCAUUGAUGGGGAGCGUGUGGACUAUGGCCCCAUCCAAGCCGAGGUAUUCCCAGGCCUGAUUAAUGUGAUGACCACAACAGGGCAAUGAGCAGGUUUUCAAUGUUCCGUUUUUCUUUAAUUUUACCUAUAUACAUAUAUCGCCUAAGACUGUUUUUUUUUUUUUUUAAUAUAUAUAAAUGUUUUUUUUACUACUGUUAAAUAUUAUUAGAGAGAGAACGCAAAUACGACACAAAUAAAAGAGCA